AUGGAGUGCCAGAAAAUUCUCAAUUUUGGAAACCAGCUCCUUCGCCGGAAAAAUGUGGACUGCACUCGGGAAGACAGCCGGCUCUCGCGGUGCCUCAACACGUUUGACUUGGUGGCCUUGGGCGUCGGCAGCACGUUGGGUGCAGGCGUCUACGUCCUGGCCGGGGCCGUGGCACGGGAAAAUGCGGGGCCUGCCAUCGUGAUCUCCUUCUUGAUCGCUGCCUUGGCUUCUGUGCUGGCCGGGCUCUGCUACGGAGAAUUCGGUGCCCGGGUUCCCAAGACAGGAUCAGCUUAUCUGUACAGCUACGUGACCGUGGGCGAGCUGUGGGCCUUCAUUACGGGGUGGAAUUUAAUCCUCUCCUACGUUAUCGGGACCUCCAGCGUGGCCAGAGCCUGGAGCGCGACGUUCGAUGAAAUCAUCGGCCAGCACAUUGAGGAAUUCUGUAGGAAAUACAUGACGAUGGAUGCUCCGGGAGUGCUAGCCAAAUACCCAGACAUCUUCGCUGUGGUGAUCAUCAUCAUCUUAACAGGGCUUUUAAUUUUUGGUGUGAAAGAAUCUGCCCUGGUGAACAAAGUGUUCACCUGCAUCAACAUCCUCGUCCUUGGCUUCGUCAUGGUCUCUGGCUUUGUGAAAGGAUCGCUUAAAAACUGGCAGCUGACCGAAGAGGACAUUUACAACACCAGCCAUGGCAUUUUCUGGGACAAUCAUACCCAGGGAGAAAAGCUCUAUGGUGUUGGAGGGUUUAUGCCCUAUGGAUUGAAAGGAGUCCUCUCAGGGGCAGCCACGUGCUUUUAUGCUUUCGUUGGAUUUGACUGUAUUGCUACGACAGGUGAGGAGGUUAAAAACCCCCAGAAGGCCAUUCCCAUCGGCAUCGUGGCGUCUCUGCUCAUCUGCUUCGUGGCUUAUUUUGGCGUGUCAGCUGCCCUGACGCUCAUGAUGCCUUACUACCAGCUGGAUACCAACAGCCCUUUACCCAACGCCUUUAAAUAUGUGGGUUGGGAUGGAGCCAAUUAUGCGGUAGCGGUCGGUUCCUUGUGUGCACUUUCUACGAGUCUCCUUGGCUCCAUGUUUCCAAUGCCUCGAAUAAUUUAUGCUAUGGCAGAAGAUGGACUUCUCUUUAAAUUUUUGGCCAAAGUCAAUGAGAAGAGAAAAACUCCAAUAAUUGCAACGGUGACGUCAGGAGCCAUUGCAGCUGUUAUGGCUUUUCUCUUCGACCUGAAAGAUCUCGUGGAUCUCAUGUCUAUCGGGACCCUCCUGGCUUACUCCUUGGUGGCAGCCUGCGUACUGGUGUUGAGGUAUCAGCCAGAGCAACCUAAUUUGGCUUACCAGAUGGCUCGAACAACAGAGGAGACAGAUAACAAUGAGUCUGUGAGCACCAGCGAGUCGCAGGCUGGGUUUCUGCCAGAGGAAGAGGAGAAAUGUUCCCUCAAAGCCAUACUGUGUCCCCCAAAUUCAGACCCUUCCAAAUUCUCCGGCUCGGUGGUGAACGUCUCGACCUUCAUCAUCGGUUUCCUUAUUGUGGGCAGCUGUAUCUUGACCGCCCUCGAGCCAACCAUUCUGAUAAAGGCCGUGUGGAUUAUUGCUGCAAUACUGGUUCUCGUUGUCAGCUUCGUUAUAUGGAAACAGCCCGAAAGCAAGACCAAGCUUUCCUUUAAGGUACCCCUUCUGCCCCUCCUUCCUAUUGUGAGUAUUUUUGUGAAUGUUUACCUCAUGAUGCAGCUAGACCUAGGCACGUGGAUACGAUUUGCAGUCUGGAUGCUCAUAGGCUUUAUCAUCUACUUCACCUAUGGAAUCUGGCACAGCGUGGAAGCCACGUACGCAGCCUCGGCGGACGCGGAGAGAAGCACGGAGGCUGGCUCGGACAGCUGCAAAUGACUGCGCGCUGGGCUCACGGGCACCUGGGGAACCGCUGCAGCCGAGGCAGCUGUGCCAGGGGGGUCCCGAGGCGUUGCCCCCGGUUAAUCAGUAAUGCAGAAACCAGGAAGCAUAACGUGGGAAUCCCCGGCCCUGUUGCUGCAGCUUGCAGUUUGCUUCGUAGCGCAGUUAAAAGGGAUGGCAAGGAAAAAAGCCGCACCUCUGGCAUGCUCCCGACAGCACUGUCAGCUAACCCGGGGCUAUGCGCUUCCCCUCCUCCCUCUCCUGUUUUUUUAUUUUUUAUUAUUUUUUAUUAUUUUUUAGUGUGUGUAGAAAGAAAAUGGCUUCUGUGUGCCAGUUAACCUUAAAUGCUGCUAUGAAACCAGGCCUCCCGAAGGCCCUCCUUUCAGUAGCCCUGGGAAUUACCUCCCCCCAGAUACUCUACCUGAUCAUACACGGAGCAGAUCCGCAUUGCUACUGUCGUGCUUAGACCAGAUCGUUACUUCACCUGAUGCCAGCUGUACCACUUGUGUACGCACAAAAAAACAAAAAGGCUCUUGCCAAACACAAGCUUUCACCUGGUUAAGAAAGCACCCGCAAGAUUUACGUUCUUUAGAAGUAUUGGGUUUCAUAGUUUUUACUGUAUUUAACUUUUUUUUUAACUCAGUAUUCGUAUGCUUUACAGCGCACCACUUCUGUGGGAUGUUGGGAGGGUUUCUGGUUGCUGCUUGCUGGGUGAGUGGUCAUUUACCAGCGUGCAGAUAAUGCAGACGGAUGUUCCUGAUAACUAUGUGCUCGGCAGAGGGAUUUCCAGGUUUUGGCAUAAAACCAGCUGGUGCAAAUACUUGAAUGGCUUUAAUAGCA